AUGUCCACAAAUAAAGUUCCUAUUUCUGUACGACGAUUAAUCAACCUCUAUAAUGUCCUUUCACAUAAACAAAACUCAUCAUAUGCCGAACAAAUUGAAUCAUUUCUUCAAAAUACAUCUGAUUUGAACUUACGAAACAAAAGAUGGUCAAUACUUGGUAGAAAUGCCAGGAAAGGUCGUGAUUGGAAAAUAGAUAGAAAUAGAGAACAACGAUUGUUUCAAAAUCCUAUACAGUUUGGUCCCAAUGAGCUUAAAGAGACAAAGUAUCUAUUCAAAGAUCAGUCGCAGUUUAGAACUAAGCAAGGAAUAUUACCGAAAUCACCUUCAGGCAGAAAGAAUACAAGUGUGUAUAAUGCAGACAUUGAGUCUGCAAUCAACUCUUAUUUCAAUCCGCUUACAACAGUCCCUGUGCAUAAACUGCACCAACAGGUCUUCAAAUUUUACCUCCAGCGAUUGAUGAAUGCUCCAAUUAUGAUCGUGUUCAAGCAGAGGUGCAACUUGUUCUCUCCAACAUCAAUAGAUCAAUGGAAUCAACCAUAUUUUGAAAUGAGAAAGAAAAUACGGUUGGAAAAUGAAAAGCAUAAAGAAAUGGAUAUACCGCCCUAUGAAAUGAAGAAAGUUUCUCACCCUGACAUACUUUCGCUAGCACUAAAGAGUGAAAAUUUCAUGAAAUCCGUGGGUCAAGACUUGGAUGAGGUGGUGAAAAAUUUUCCCUGGGACGAUAUCAGGCUCGUUGAUGACAAAUUAGUCAAUAUCAUCAGUAACGAACAGCAAGUAAAGACAUUGUUGAGAUUAGAUCAGCUGGAAAUUUCCUUUAACGAUGAAAACGUACUUCUGGUGGUAGACAAAGCAAUGCAAAUGGUGGAAAAGAGUACUAUCACCAACAUCAUGGACUCAUUUCCUUAUACAUUAACCUAUACGAGAUUCUUUGUUCUCAACAUAUUGAAUUUGGAAGCCGACUUUACCUUAUUUGGAUCACUAUGGUCCAACACCGAUUUUGAAAUCGUGGGCGCUAGAUUGGCUCUCAAUGAUGCCCGAAUUCGAUCCUUAUUACAAAGCUUUAUUAAGACAGCAGACCUUCAACAUGCUUCAAGCUAUGAGGAUAUUUUGAAAUUAGCGAAAACUGAGGAAACUGAUACACAUGGAUUGAAUAGUGUCAUACAGACAAUAGCUUCAAGUGGGUUGAUUAAUACUAGUCUCAACACCAAGACUGAUGCACUUUAUUUAACCAAGGGUUGA